UCGCCCUCCGCGGGCCGCAGCGCACCAUGCUCCGCGGCCACGGCCGCCUCCUCAGGGUUACCGCAGCACCCGUCGCGGCCCUGGCUGUGGCGCUGGUCUCGUCGCUCUCUCGCUGCUCCCUCCUGGAGCCGGAGGACCCUGUGGUGUCGGCGCUCAGCCCCUACUUCGGCACGAAGACUCGCUACGAGGAUGCCAACCCUGGGCUGCUGCCGAACCCAGAGGCGCCGCGGCGGGAUCCCGAGCUGCUGGAGGAGACCUGCACUCCCGUGCAGCUGGUCGCCCUCAUCCGCCACGGCACCCGCUACCCUACGGCCAAACAAAUCCGCAAGCUGCGGCAGCUGCAUGGGCUGCUGCAGGCCCGCAGGCCGGGGGAUGACGGAACCCGCGCUGCGGGCGGUCGCAGCCUGGGCGCCGCGUUGGCCAAUUGGCCGCUGUGGUACGCGGACUGGAUGGACGGGCAGCUAGUGGAGAAGGGGCGGCAGGACAUGAGACAGCUGGCGCUGCGCCUGGCCUCCCUUUUCCCGGCCCUCUUCAGCCGCGAGAACUACGGCCGUCUGCAGCUAGUCACCAGCUCCAAGCACCGCUGCGUGGACAGCGGCGCUGCCUUCCUGCAGGGCCUGUGGCAGCACUACCACCCGGGGGUGCCGCCACCCGACGUCGCAGGUGACCGCCCCGGCCGCCUGGCCAGUGCCUACCCAGACAUGGAGUGUGGGCCUCCAAGAAUUAAUGAUAAACUAAUGAGGUUCUUUGAUUAUUGUGAGAAGUUUUUAACUCAAGUAGAAAAGAAUGCUACGGCUCUUUAUCAUGUAGAAGCCUUCAAAACUGGACCAGAAAUGCAGAACAUUUUAAACAAAGUUGCAGCUACUUUACAAGUGCCAGUCAACAAUUUAAGUGCAGAUUUAAUUCAGGUAGCUUUUUUCACCUGUUCAUUUGACCUGGCAAUUAAAGGUGUUAAAUCUCCUUGGUGUGAUGUUUUUGACAUAGACGAUGCAAAGGUUUUAGAGUAUUUAAAUGAUCUGAAACAGUAUUGGAAAAGAGGAUAUGGAUAUACUAUUAAUAGUCGAUCCAGCUGUACCUUGUUUCAGGAUAUCUUUCAGCACUUGGACAAAGCAAUUGAACAGAAAAAAAGUUCUCAACCAGUUUCCUCUCCAGUCAUCCUUCAGUUUGGUCAUGCAGAGACCCUUCUUCCACUGCUUUCUCUUAUGGGCUACUUCAAAGACAAGGAGCCCCUAACAGCUUAUAAUUACAAGGAGCAAAUGCAUAGGAAGUUCCGAAGUGGUCACAUUGUACCCUAUGCCUCAAACCUAAUAUUUGUGCUUUACCAUUGUAAAAAUGCUAAGACUCCUAAAGAAGAAUUCCGAGUGCAGAUGUUGUUAAAUGAAAAAGUGUUACCCUUGGCUCACUCACAACAAACUGUUUCUUUAUAUGAAGAUUUGAAGAACUACUACAAGGAUAUCCUUCAGAGUUGUCAUACCAGUGAAGAAUGUGACGUACCAAAGGUGAACACAUCUGAUGAACUAUGAGUAACUGGAAAACAUUUUAAAUUCAUCAGGAAUCUAUAGGGAGUGAUUACAUGCUUAGAAUAAUAGAUGGACAAUCCCUGGCUACAGAAAGCUUUAACAUUUCUUGGGUAUUUCUGUCUUUUUAAAGAAAAGCGUUGUUUCUUUUUAGUCUGGACAUGAAUGUGUAAGAAAGGAUUCUUCGCUGGAGCCACUCUCUUAAAGGAAAAAAAUUUGUUCAGAGAAAUAACUGGCAUUGCAAACGUUUACAGAAAUUUAAUUCCUCCUAUUUAUGUAAGAAAUCUCACACUGAGAUGGAAUAUGAUUUCAAAAUGAUACUUGAAAGUUUUGGAGUAACAAAAUAUUAUGUCAGUUGGAUGAUCUACAACUUGAUUGGACUAAGUCUAGGAACUUUACCAGUUGUGCUGCAGUUCCUUUCUUUUUCCCCUGGUAGCACAGUUCAAGUAUUGUCUUUCUUAAUCAGAAAUAUUGUGAUUCACUCGGAGUAUCACUUUGGAAGAAAGCUAACAUCUCUCUAGUUGAGAAUUUGAAACAAUAUUAAGAAACAGAGUCUGAUUUAAAAGAACAUCUUCACUGAAAGAAAACAAAAACACCGAUCUUAUUAUACUUUUGUCAGUAGUAUUUAUAAAGUAUUUGAACAAUGUUUCAAUAAUUCCUUUUAACCUCCUAGUAAGUCUUGCAAGGCCAUUCUUCAUUCAUUCUUAUCAUACCUGUUUUACAUAUAUAACAAUGGAAGGAAAAGAAGACCAUUAGUAACAAGAGAGAAGAAUAGAAUCAAAGUUUCUUAAAUCCAUUGCUUAGCAAUUUUUUUAUUCUGUCAUUUUGCUUCUAUUUUUUAUAUUUUGCUAUUAUGUGAAAUACAUCUUUUGGUGGCUUAAUUUCUUUCUUGUUCUUUCUUUAAAAAAAAAAAAAAGUCUUCAUCCUGGUGGGCUUAGUUUCACAGAUAUGAACCCAUUUCAAAGAAAUAGCUCUGAGUUCUGUCAAAUGCCAUGAAAAUGUUUGCCAUGAAAAUAAACAGAAUUCUUGAGAUUUUUACUACCAGGUCUUUUCUGCUCUCUGUGUUAAAAUACAAUCAGUAAUUGAUGGUAAAAGGUUAGAAUUUCAAGUAGCUUUGACUAAAUCACCCAAUAUAAGGAAAUUUUCUUCUAAUAGAAAUUUCCUCAAGUUUUUCACUUCUUAAUGGUGGAAAUCCAUUUUAUUAAAAAUCUAAAUAAAAAGUAUUACAACUACAUAUUGAAAUUAUAAAAGAAGAUGCAUAGAUCAUUGGUUUGUGGAUCAUUGAUCUUCAAAUGAAUGAUGUUUGUAAAAUAGAUGAUUAGCUGAUAAAUACUGCUGAUGCAUCAAUACACAGCUAAUUAUUCCUGCAAAGGUCUGAUAUUAAUCUUUUUUUUAUUAUUUAUAAGUAGGCAGACAAAAAGAGAAUAAAUAAUAAGCAUUCAUGCCCAUCAUACUGUUUUAUCAAAAUUAGCAUUGUAACAUUUAGUUUAGAUCCAAUUAAGAAGAAUUGAGGACUUUUGUAUACUUCCCUGACGCUCUUACCCUCACUCCCUGCCUCGAGGUAAUCGCCAGAAUGAAAUUCAUUAUUCACCAUUCCAUUGAAUGCUUGACUCUGAAAACCUGUAGUGUUGUGGGAAUUUAAAUUUUUCUAUAGAAGGACUUAUACUGUGCAUAUCUUGAUUGAUUUAACUGCCAUAUUUGUUUUUCAAGACUUUUCUUGAUCCUGAUCAUUUGUCAUAAAUUAAUACCAUCAAUUCAUCAAUAUGUAUUGAGUAUUAUGUACAAACACUAGACUCAGUCUAUGGGCAUGUAAAGUUGAAUGAACCUAGCUUUUCUUUCAAGGGGGUUAUCUUAAAAGACCUUAAAACAAAUUUACUUGGUGUCUGGAACAUUAAAUAAUUUCUGAUUCAUAAUCUUUUCAUAGACUGUGAAAAUUUUAUAGGAAUUGUUUAAUUUGUUGUUAAAUAGGACCAUAUAGUUAUUGUUGUAGUCACUGGUAUGUGAACUAUUUCAGGAUAGAGGAUAAGUGUGGUCCAUUUUUGCUAAUGUUGCAGAGGUUGUGACAUUAUUCUGGUGCUAUUGUUCUCACUUGGGAAAUGCCUGAAACUGAAGAAUCUCAUGAUAAAAGCAAAAGGUCUUAUCUAGGAUAGGAUAUAUUAAAAGUUGAACAUUGAAAAAUAAUCUUUGGCUAACUACAGUUUGUUCAUAAUAGGUGACCAAAUUAUUCAGUUAAGCCAAAAUUUAAUCACUACGUGUUCUGAGAUUUGGGUCAGUUAAUAAAUAGCCUGUGGACAUUAGCCAUUUUUCUGUCUAUUCUACAACCUGAUGUGUACAGUGCAUUGUACGUACUAUUUUUAUAGUCAUUAUCAUUUUGAAGUGUCUGUUCUCCAACACAUAAUCAUUCACUUGAUACUGUUUUCAUGUAUAAUUUUAAUUUUAACAAUGAAAACAAAAUUCAACUUGUAAAGGAAAAGGAACUUUGUUUUUUUUCAGACAAAAUCAAUUUUUAUGAUAUUUUGAGUGCUUUCUUUUUGUAAACUGCAGAACUGAUGCGUGCCCUUGAAUAUAUGGGGGUUACAUACAACCAAACCAGAAUAUAGAACUGUAAAUUUUUGGAAUAUAUUUCUCUAAGAUGAUGUUUCAUGUAGCUCAUUAAUGACCUUUGGAAUUUGGAUGGUGUUCUGCCAAAUGUAAGCUGAAAAUAAAUAUUUGCUUUACAAUAUA